GCCUGUAGCUUAAUGGUAGGGCAUCUGCUUUCAAGGAGAAGAUCCUUGGUUACUGACAACACUAUUUAAAGGGUUAGGCAGGAGAUAUGAAAGGCAUCUUCCUGAAAUCCUAAAGAGCUGCUGCCGGGGUAGACACUUCCCUUGAUAAGCCAGCGGUUUGGCACAAUAUAAGACAACUUCCCCAGUGACCUCCCAGACAAAAGGAAUAAACCUGUUUUAUGCAAACCCUGAUUUGUCCUCUGUAUACAGACAUUUCUGUGUCAGCUGACUGUGAAGGACAGCACAAUUCAACACACUGUGGAUUGUGAGUUCAAACAAUAACUAGUAUAAUGCUAACUACUAAAACUCAGUUUGUUUCAGCUAAUCAGAGUUUGAUCAGACUGAUAUCUGAAUGCCGUUUAUAUUUAAAAGUUUAGACACAUGGUCAUAAAUGUAAGGAAGAGAGCAGAUGUGACCCUACAAAUAAGCAUUCAUACACUGCUGGAAUAAAGUAAAAACCAACCGCAAUGUUCUAAGAAACAUGUGUUAUAGUAACAACUUCCAUAUUAAUUGCAGCUUAAUUUGUUGGUGCCAAAUCACAUAAUUCUUUACUAUUUCUUUUGUAGAUUGAAUAUAAAAUUUCAACUACCUGGGACAGCAUGCAAGUUAUGCAUGCACCAGUGACAAUCAAAUUUAAACCAGGUGAUCAAGGCUUAGUUAUGGAAGUAAGCUCUUUGUUCUUUGAUGAUCCUCCUGCUCCACCUGGACAACCUGGGAAGCCCUUUGAUGGACUUUGGGACUAUGAAGUGGUUGAAUCUUUCUUUCUGAACAGUGCUACAAGCAACUACCUGGAAGUGGAACUUUGCCCGCAUGGUCAGCAUCUUGUAUUACGCCUUUCUGAAGGAGAUUGUCUUGAAAAAGGACUUGAGCUGGCAUUUAAAGCAGAUAUAAACUGGGGCAACUGGAAUGGCACAGCAAUUAUUCCUUGGGACUAUUUUCCCCCUGGUGUAGACAAAAUGAAUUCAUAUGCAAUCCAUGGAUCUGGGAUUGGCAGAAUUUAUGAGGCACUUUAUCCAAUACCACGGGAAGAGAUUAAAGAGGGGCAAGGUCCUAAUUUCCAUCUUCUAGAAUACUUCAAAGAUUUCAACCUAAAGGACAUAAUGGGAGAAGACUGGAAUCAACCUCCAUCAGAUCGAUGGAUAUGACAUCAAGACAUCAAAGACAUCAA